UUUUUUUUUUUUUUUUUUAUAAAAAAUUUCAUCAUGAAGCAUGAAGAUGGCGGCUUCGGGAAGGUCAUUCCAUCGUCGCACCAUCUUAGCCCUUCCUUCGUCGAAGGCAUCGCUGCUAUCGGGAAAAGCCAUUUCCGGCGGACUUCGAAGGCUGUAAUCAACAAUCACAAGUUGAUUCCGCAUCUACAUAUAACGGAGUCCGGCCGCGUUGGUUUCUUGGAGAGAUUUUCGCAUUAUGUUGCGAGGCAGUUAGGGCUUUCAGAUGCAGAUGACUAUCCUCAACUCUGCAAGCUAGCGAACAAUUAUUUGAGGAAGACGAAUGGAUGCGUGGAAGAAAUUUAUGCAUAUUUCGCGAGUGAAUCCGAGGCGGAAUCUCUGUAUCUGAAGUUAAUGGAUGAGUUUGAUCAAUGCAUCUCGAGUUAUUUCGCAUUCCAUUGGAGCCAAGCUCCCUUGAUGAUCAGUCAGGUUUUGAGUGUCGACUCCGAGCGCAUGAAGCUGAAAGAUCUUGUGGUGGCAGCGACUAGGAAGGAGAGGUUCGAUAGGGUGUGUAAGGAUCUGAAAGUGACAAGGGUAUUCUCUACUUUGGUGGAGGAAAUGAAGAAGAUAGGUUGUGCUCCAUCUAAGGGCGAGUCGAAAUUCUCCCACACGAUACCGCCAUCGUCUCGAAGAGAUAGGAGGCCUGUGCUUCUUCUUAUGGGUGGUGGCAUGGGGGCUGGCAAGAGUACUGUCCUCAAAGACAUUUGCAAAGAGCCCUUCUGGUUGGAAGCAGAAACAAAUAGAGUGAUGGUAGAGGCAGAUGCCUUCAAAGAGACUGAUGUUAUCUACAAAGCCAUCAGCUCAAUGGGCUAUCACGAUGACAUGCUUCAAACUGCCGAAUUGGUACACCAGCCAUCAACCGAUGCUGCAUCAUCGUUGCUGGUCACAGCGUUAAACGAGGGACGGGAUGUGAUCUUGGAUGGCACUCUGUCUUGGGAGCCAUACGUUAUGCAGACCAUUGAAAUGGCUCGAAACAUUCACAAACGUCGAUAUCGAAUGGGAGUUGGGUACAAGGUAGAGAAUGGAAAAGUGACAGAGAAUUACUGGGAGGCUAUGAGUGAAGAAGAAGAGAAGGAAUUGAGGAAGGCGCAUGGAGAAAUGCAAAAUAGAAUGGCGUAUAGAAUAGAGUUGGUUGGAGUUGUUUGUGAUGCUCAUCUAGCUGUUGUUAGAGGAAUAAGGAGAGCCAUAAUGAUGGGAAGGGCUGUGAGGGUGAAUUCUCAGUUGCAAUCCCACAAGAGAUUUGCUAAUGCUUUUCCAAAAUACUCCAAAGUUGUUGAUAGCGUCAGGCUCUAUUCCACCAAUUCCACUGGCAACCCACCUAAGUUGAUCUAUAGAAAAGAUAGCAACAAGUCGUUUGAGAUGGUUGACCCAGAGGCACAUGCAUGGUUGACAACGUUGAGUAAUUUAAACAUCGAUGCAGAAUCAGUUCAUGAGCUUUACCCAAACUCGAGCCUAUUUUCUGAACCUGGUUCCAUUUUGAAAGAAAUGACUCCAACCUCUUUAAGGCUCAGUUGUCAAAAAGAGCUUAGAUAUGUGAUUAAAAAGCUAGAAAGUUCAAGAACAAUCUCAAAUGAAUUUUUACGGUGAAAAAACUUGUAAAUUUAAUGAGUGGUUGAAGUGAAAAAAAAGAAAACGUGGUAUUUAAGUAUUCGUUCUUUUUGUAUGUGUAUUAUGUCUUAUUUUUGCAUACAUUCG